AAAACAUGGCAGAUGCCGGCAGACAGGAAGAUAGUUUAGCAGAGGGUUUGCGAAAAAGGACUGUUAAAUCUGAAUCGCUUUAUGAUAAGGCCACUGUUAAAACUUCAGAAGAUGAUUCAUCUUUGCGACAAACAAAGUCUCCAUCCGUGACACAAUCUUCGAAGAUCGAGAGCGGCACGUAUUGGUUAACCAGAAUUCUUCUUUUGAGAUACCUUGGAUUUAUUUAUUUUGUUGCUUUCUUGGUGGCUCAACAUCAGAACAAACAGUUGAUUGGUUCAUAUGGAAUUCUGCCAGCUUCAUCUUUCUUAGAUGAUGUAAGAAGACGAACUGGUGGCCGAGAAGGGACAAUAAAAUGGUCAACAUUCUUACAGGUGCCUUCAUUGCUAUGGUUAUUUGAUUAUGGUGAAGUACUAGAUGAACUGCUAGACUAUAUAGCUUAUGCUGGACUUGGCUUGUCUACCUUCCUCAUCAUAAAUGGAGGAGCUAACUGGUUUAUCAUGUUUGCCUUGUGGGCACUGUACCAUUCUCUUGUUAAUGUAGGACAGAGAUGGUAUGGAUUUGGUUGGGAGUCGCAGUUACUAGAGACUGGGUUUUUAGCAAUAUUUUUGUGUCCAUUAUUUGACACAUCAUCUCUUCCAAGAUUUACACCAACUUCAAAAUUUGUGAUAUGGGGAUACAGGUGGCUUAUAUUCAGGAUAAUGCUUGGUGCUGGACUUAUAAAGAUCAGAGGAGACAAAUGUUGGAGAGAUCUCACUUGCAUGAAUUACCAUUACGAGACACAGCCUGUACCUAAUCCGAUGGCUUACUACAUGCACCAGUCACCAGAGUGGUUCCAUAUGUUCGAGACCUUAUCUAACCAUUUUGUGGAGCUUAUUGCACCGCUACUGCUGUUGAUGCCUGCACCUAGAAUCUGUAAAAUGAUUGGUGGAUCCAUACAAAUUCUUUUCCAGGUAGUUUUAAUAAUAAGUGGAAAUCUCAGUUUCCUGAAUUGGUUGACUAUAUUACCGAGUCUGGCCUGUUUUGAUGAUGCUAGUAUAACAUGGAUGUUCUCAAAGUCAGUAAAGAAGGAUGUUUCCGAAAUUCAGAAGGAAGAAAAGUUAGGACAGGGGCGGAAGCUUGCUGUAGGAAACUACAUCAGACGAAUAUUCAACGUCUCCUUGGCAGUAUUACUGGCCUAUCUUAGUAUGCCUGUAGUGCAGAAUCUUAUGUCAUCCAAACAACAUAUGAAUUCUUCUUUUGAUCCGUUUAGAUUAGUUAAUACCUAUGGUGCCUUUGGAAGCGUAACUAAGGAGAGGACUGAGGUAAUAUUUCAAGGAACUCAUGGUAACCCUGACGAUUCUAAAGCUAAAUGGUUAGAAUAUGAAUUCAAAUGUAAACCUGGUAAAAUUACACGGCGACCAUGUUUGAUCUCUCCCUAUCAUUAUAGGCUUGACUGGUUGCUAUGGUUUGCAGCAUUUCAGAAUUAUCAUUAUAAUCCAUGGAUAGCGACGCUCACAGCAAAAUUACUUCAGAAUGAUAAUGAUACCAUGACCCUCAUAGAUUAUAAUCCAUUUCAACAUACAAAACCUCCUAAGUUUAUACGUUUACAACACUAUAGUUAUAAGUAUACGAAAAUUGGCAGCAAGGAUGCACAGCAAGGUCGCUGGUGGAAAAGACGUCUUAUAGGAAACUACAUGCCAGCUGUUUCUAGUCAUACAAUAAAAGGCAUUUUGAGCAGUUUAAGACUGGAUGUGCCGAAGAAAAAGAAGACAAAGAAAAUAAAAAAAUGAAAUCUUGAUACUCAACAUUUAAAGAAUGUCUUUUAAGGAGGGUGUACUAUACAUUUUGUUUGUAGUUUUUUGUCCUCUGUUUUAAACAUUCCUAUAAUUAUCCGAUUUUUGUUGUUUGUUAUAGAUUCCUAUUUUUAUAGCUUUUUUUCUAUAUCUUAUUUGUGAAAAUCAGUCAUUUGAUUGUGUAUAGUUUUUAUUUGUUUUUGGCUUAUAAGGUGUAUAUUGAGGCAUUAGCUUUAGCUAAAUAAUUAAUCAAUAAGAUACCUGUCAAGAAACUAGAAAGUUAAUCAUUCCAGUUUUUAAUUUUUCAUUGUUUCAUGUUUGAAAUUUCUCCGUAUUUCAAAUGUUUGGCAGAUUAUUUAGCUUGACUAUUCGAAGAAUAUUAAGAGGAUAUUUUUUUGUUUGAGUGAAAUAUGGAAUAUAUUUUCACGUAACAUGAUAAAAUGGCACAUAUUUUCACGAGCCGGGACGGCGAGUGAAAAUAUGUGGCAUUUUAUCAUGUUGAGUGAAAAUAUAUACCAUAUUUCACGAAAAACGAAAAAAUAACCUUUUUAUUUAAUUUCAUUAUCAAAGAAAAAUGGUUACGAAACCCCUUGCUUGCCAUGCAACUGCAAUUGUACAGCGCGCAGUAAUAUAAUUGUUGUCUUGUUUUGCACGCGAUAUUUAGCGUUAGUUGUGACGUCACGUAAACAACUCUUUAAACGUCUGUACAGCGUUAAUGACUGAAUUAAAGAUAUUGGUGUUUGGAUUUAUUUUCUUAGUUAGACCAUUUUCUAUCAUUCUAGAUAGUUUUCAAAACAAAAUUCAACAAAAAAUUGUUUUGUAUUUAUCAGAUUUUUCAAACAAAAUGGCGAAAGAAGUCCCUUGAAAUAAAUAUGAGUUUUGACUCCGCCCACUUUCAUAUUUAUAUUUCAUAUUUAUUUUUAAAAAAUAUGAAAUAUAUUUGACUGAUAUAGUACCGUAUUUCAUGGGUAAAAUUAAAUAAAGAGAGCUAUUGUAGUUAGGUUGGCAUCACACUUUUGUUAAGUUUUUGUGUUUAAUUUUGUAUCUCCAAACUAAUUAAGGGAAUGGAUUGAACUUUCACACACUUAUUUUAGCUCAUAAUACAUGUAGGUGGUUUCUGUCCAAGGCCCAUAACUUAAAACAUGGAUUUUGACAGAAUUACUACCUUUUUUGAACUUAAAAAAAUUCUACAUUAUCCAGGCCUUUGUUUUGCUAUCAAGCACUGAGAAUAGGCAAGCUACUGUGUUAUUGUGUCGCCUUGAAAAAGGCGACAUAUAGGGGUUACUUUUGUCGGCAGCGUCGUGGUCGGCGUCCCCUUCAGCUUGUCCGGAGCAUAAAUUAGUCAUUAUAAGUCGGAUUGACUUCAAACUUGGUAUGCAUGCUUCUCAUAAUGACCGGAAGUGCAGUGCAUAAGAACCAAUACUCUACACUUCUUAUUUUUUCAGUUAUUGCCCUUUGUUAAUUUUCAUACUUUAUUUUUGUCCGGGCCAUUUCUCCUAAAGUAUAAAAGCUAUGGACUUGAAACUUCAUAGGAUGAUAGAUCUUAUUAGAAAGAAGUGCAGUGCACAAGAACUGGUACUCUGCAUUUCUUAUUUUUUGAGUUAUUGUCCUUUGGUAAUUUUCAUACUUUAUUUUUGUCCAGGCCAUUUCUCCUAAAGUAUAAAAGCUAUGGACAUGAAACUUCAUAGGAUGAUAGAUCUCAUUAAGAAGAAGUGCAGUGCCCAAGAACUGGUACUCUGCAUUUCUUUUUCUUUUUUUGAGUUAUUGCCCUUUGUUAAUUUUCAUACUUUAUUUUUGUCCAGGCCAUUUCUCAUAAAUUAUAAAAGCUAUAGACUUGACACUUAAUAGGAUGAUAGAUCUUAUUGAUAAGAAGUGCAGUGCACAGAAACUGCUGCUCUGCAUUUCUUAUUUUUUGAGUUAUUGCCCUUUGUUGAUUUUCAUAUUUAACUUUUGUCCUUGCCAAUUCUCCUAAACUAUAUUUUUCACAAGGCGACACAUCCGACUCGCGGAGUUCUAGUUGACAUCUGUUGUUAUUUUAUCCUAUAUUUUGUCACAGAGAGUACUUUCAUUUAAAUAUUUUGCAUCAAAACUAACGAAAACUUGUACUAUGACAGGGCUAUAUAAGAUGAUCGCAUGGUUACAAGGUGGAUAUGUAUUAUAUCGUACAUAGAUAAACAAUAUGUAUUUGCCUGUAUGCAGACCGAAUAAAUUCAGUUUAUUAUUUAUUUGUAUAAAAAAAUAUCAGUCUCAAGAUUUCUUUUCACAAAUGAAAUUAGACAUUUUGUGUAAACAUACUUAGUGGGUGUUAAAUAAAAUAACCGGUGAAUUGGAUUACUUGUCUGCAUAUUGGGCGUUUCUGAUUAUUUAAAUGGUUUUACCAAAUUGUUUGCUAUUUAAAUCUGAUAUCUCAUAUUUAAAGAGUUUUGGAUGUACAAAUAUAUUUUCUACUUGACAAAUUUUCAUUUUUAAUGAUCAUUAUUAUGAAUUAGCAAACUUAAGUAGGUGUAUUAGAAAAGCUUGUUUGUAUGUUCAGUUUAAUUAAUAUUGUCACAUGUCUUGUAAAACAUAUAUCAUGUAUUUGUUCUUGAUUUUAUUAUUCAAAAUUAAAGUUUUGUAGCAAAAAUGUUACACAACUUGAGAGUUUAGAUGUCAUCAAAACAAUCUGCAUCUCUCAUGUGCUUCUAAUUUAAGGAUGUAAACUUAGUAAUUUUGGUUGUUAGGUGUUGAUGGGACAUCCCUGGCCAAGCUGUUAAGGUAUAUGACUUACGGUCACUUGUCCUUCAACCUGUGGGUUUCAGUGUUCUUUUAUUUUUCUGAUCCUUCAGGAUUAUUGAGUGUUGAAAAUUGAGUAUCGCUCAAGCUGGUGCUAUGGGGCAUAAUGGAUGUUGCACUUUUCAUUACCUCUAAUGUACAGACUCAAUCAAACUGAGUCUGCAAUUUUCAUGUAAUUUUGUUGUGAGUAAUGCUUCCGAGGAAUCACCCUUUUUCAAAAUUUAAAUACCACCAGGAUUUUUUCAUAUGUACCCAGUAUUUUUAUGCAUUUUUACCAUAGCUGGGCAAAAUCCACUCUACUGGUUGGAGAGAUAACUCUGACACUAAAUCACUAUUUUUUUUAAAUAUCUUUUUUAUUUUUGUGUAUAUUUUAAAUUUUUACCCACCUAGACAAAGUUAGGUUCAAACAUUUAUAAUCAUGUGUAAAUUCCUUUCUUGAAAUGGAAACUGGUACUUCUUUAAGGUCCUGAAUAAGGUAUCGGAAACAUGGUCUUUUUAACCGUGGACAGUAGAUAAAGUCAACACUUUAAUUUUAAAGUAAAUACUAGCUUGAAAGUUAGAACUAAUCAUUUAUUUUUACAUUUUAUACGCUUUAUCUAUGCCUUAUUGAUAAUUUAACAAAUUUUUAAAGAAAUUUUCCCAAGUCAGUAGCCUGUGUUCAAGACAAUUCUAACUACCGCCUGGCAGUUAAGUAAAUAGAAUGUUUUGUGGCCGUUUUUGUAACAAAAAAUUGUGGUCAACAUAAACACAUUUAAAAGUUUACCAAAUCUAAAAAUCUCAUCACAGUCUGUCCUUCUCCUUUAUUACUAGGUGACCAUGUGCUUGUUUGUUUACAAGAAAAGAUAAAUAGAAAAAUUAAAAAAGUGUCGGGUUUAUCUAUGUGUUGGAGUUAUCUCUUCAACCAGUAAUCAGAUACAAAUUUCUGAUUGAAAUACUUUUUUAACCAGGUUUUCAACGAAAACCGGGUUAUUGUAAUGCCGAAGUCGGCGGGCGGGCGGGCGUCAACUUUUGGUUUCCGCUCAAUAACUUUAGUUUGCUUUGGCCUAUUGACACCAAACUUGGUGUGUAGGUAGCUUAUAUCAAGAGGCAGCUUGGGAUUGCUACCCAGGUGUCUGUGAUCAAGGUCAAGGUCACUGUUACUAAAAAUAGAAAUUCAGUUUCCGCUCAAUAACUUGAGUUUGCUUUGGCCUAUUCACACCAAACUUGGUGUAUGGAUAGCUUAUAUCAAGAGGCAGCUUAGGAUUGCUACCCAGGUGUCUGUGAUGAAAGUCAAGGUCACUGUUACUAAAAAUAGAAAUUCAGUUUCCGCUCAAUAACUUGAGUUUGCUUUAGCCUAUUGACACCAAACUUGGUGUAUGGAUAGGUAAUAUCAAGAGGCAGCUUGGGAUUGCUACCCAGGUGUCUGUGAUCAAGGUCAAGGUCACUGUUACUAAAAAUAGAAAUUCAGUUUCCGCUCAAUAACUUGAGUUUGCUUUGGCCUAUUGACACCAAACUUGGUGUAUGGAUAGGUAAUAUCAAGAUGCAGCUUGGGAUUGCUACCCAGGUGUCUGUGAUCAAGGUCAAGGUCACUGUUACUAAAAAUAGAAAUUCAGUUUCUGCUCAAUAACUUGAGUUUGCUUUAGCCUAUUCACACCAAACUUGGUGUAUGGAUAGCUUAUAUCAAGAGGCAGCUUUGGAUUGCUACCCAAGUGUCUGUGAUCAAGGUCAAGGUCACUGUUACUAAAAAUAGAAAUUCAGUUUCCGCUCAAUAACUUGAGUUUGCUUUGGCCUAUUGACACAAAACUUGGUGUAUGGAUAGCUUAUAUCAAGAUGCAGCUUGGGAUUGCUUCCCAGGUGUCUGUGAUCUAGGUCAAGGUCACUGUUACUAAAAAUAGAAAUUCAGUUUCCGCUCAAUAACUUGAGUUUGCUUUGGCCUAUUGACACAAAACUUGGUGUAUGGAUAGCUUAUAUCAAGAGGCAGCUUGGGAUUGCUACCCAGGUGUCUGUGAUCUAGGUCAAGGUCACUGUUACUAAAAAUAGAAAUUCAGUUUCUGCUCAAUAACUUGAGUUUGCUUUGGCCUAUUGACGCCAAACUUGAUGAAUGGGUAGCUUAUAUCAAGAUGCAGCUUGGGAUUGCUACCCAGGUGUCUGUGAUCAAGGUUAAUGCAUUUAGUUUUCAUGUUAUAACUUGAGUUUGCUUUGACCUUUUGUCACCGAACUUGCUGAGUGGCAGCUUUGGAUUGCCACUUAGAUAUCUGGGAGCAAGGUCAAGGUAAUUUGCUUACAAUAGAAUAUUCAAUAUCUACUCAAUAACUUCAGUGCACUUUGACCUAUUGAUUGCUGUCACAUCAAAACUUGGUCGUUGAAAACCUGGUUUUCGUCGCAUUGCGGCGCUUCUUGUUUUUUAAUUAAAACCCUAUACCACAAUUGUGUUCUGUUUUAUUUAAUCUAAAUAAUACAAUGAAAAUACAAUGAUCAGCUGUAGAAAUAAGAUCUGCCAAUAUAUAAAAUAAUAUCUGACAUGUGGGUUAUAUCUGAUGUAAGACUUUGUUAUAUCUGACAUGUCUGCAUUAUACCUGAUGCCGUCAGUAUGUUGUACCUGACAUAGGACUUUGUUAAUCUGACAUAAGUCUGUGUUAUACCUGACACUGUGUGUUAUACCUGACAUAGGACUGUUAUAUCUGACAUAAAUUUUGACAUAGGCCUAUGUUAUAUCUGACAUGAGUCAACUUAAUGACUAACAAUUUCGCUAUUUCUCACACUCAUACCUUAAGUCAUCAUCAUCUCCUAAUUAACACUUUCCCUCAUUUGCAUAUUGUGAAAAAUGGCCGUUUUUAUUGAAAAGCCUCCUGUUACAAGUUCAAACUGCUAUGAAAAAUGGUUCAAUACUAAUCAAACUUGGCACAAAUGUUGACUGGACCAUUGCCUUUGUAGCGACAUGCUAAGUCUUAAUUUUCCUGUCACCAUGGCAACUAGGGGUCAUCUCAAAAUUGCCAGAAAUCACUAUUUUGCGUAGAUUUUUUCCAUCAAAAUUGAUUUCAAAGUGCUGCAACUUCUAAAUGGAUUGAGAUAGAGUCAAAGGCUUUUCAGCGUUGGUUACACAUUACAUUACGGUCGACCUGGGAAGCAUUUUUAGCCUCUCACAUGUCCAAAAUUUUCUUGGCUAUGAGGAGGACUAUCGCCCCCCCCCCCCCUUCAAACCCCCCAAAGAGAAGGGGGCAAAUCCCCCUUCUGGCAACCCCCUGAUGUACCUUUUUGAUAGGGGGCGGUGCGGAAAAGUUUUAAGUUUUUUAAAGCAACAUUUCCCAAAUGAAAAACAGUGUUUGGGGCCUAAAUAGGGUUAUUUUUCCACAGUUUGAGGCCUCAAAAGGUGGGGUGUGGCGAAAAGCCGUCAAAACACGUCUAUAUGAAGUAAAGGGUUAAUUAACAGAAAUGAACCAAAUGAUUUAUAAAUGGAGAUGUAUGAUUCUGUUAUCAUGAUGAUAGACAUUUACAUUUUUUUUUGUAAAUCUUAUCAAUAGAGGAAAAAAUGUUUAUAUAUAAUUAUAUAGAUAGGUGUUCUGUACAAACAUGGGGGCUUAGUAAAUUGAUAUUAGAUGUCCUCUUCUAUACACAUUCCAAAAUUUGAAAUAAUUCCAUAGAUAUGAACAUUAUAAGGCACAUUUAAACUGCCACUAUUUGAAAUAUACAAGUUUAGUAAUGAUUUAAUGCAACUGACAGUUCCUCCCCAGUACACUUCAUGUAUAAAUAUGAUACCUGGUUCAAAUAUGUUAUUGCGUUUGUAUAAGGAAUUCAUCCUGUUUAAACGUAUAAUUCAUAACCUGCCAUUGACCAUUUGCCAUAUUCUUUUCAUAUCUUAUUAACCCAUGUUUAUAAUUUUCUACAUAAGAUUUAUUUGGUAUGUUUACAUUUUUUUUAAAUUUUUUUUUUUUUAGCUCACCUGUCACAGAGUGACAGGGUGAGCUUUUGUGAUCGCUUUUUGUCCGGCGUCCGCCCGUCUGUCGUCCGGCGUUCGUAAACUUUUACUUUAAAUGACAUCUCCUCGUAAACCACUAAGCCAAUUUCAUCCAAACUUCACAGGAAUGUUCCUUUGGUGGUCACCUUUUAAAAUUGUUCAAAGAAUUUAAUUCCAUGCAGAACUCUGGUUGCCAUGGCAAACAAAAGAAAAAUCUUAAAUUUUUUUUUUUA